AUGACCCAAACAGGCGAGAACCCACUUGACCUUUAUCACGAAAGGCUGGGACUGGCAACCCAUUUCGUUCACGACGAUUCCUUUAUCGUUCGGCCUGGAGUAACCCCAUGUCGUCAAGAUCGGUUAGACGCAUUCAUCGCCCAGAUUAAGAAACGGGCACCUCGUCAAAGCUUACCCCGCAGUAGCGUAAAAGAAUGCGACGAAUUCGUGAAGGAUAUCACCAAGUCGCUCGAAGUUGCGCUUAGGCAGUUUCUCAAAUGGCUUGGGAAGGCCAGCGAAGGGUCAGAAUUGGCAGUGAGACUACUCGAACAGAUUGUUUCAUGUCUGCAAUUCACCUUUGGCAACCCGAGUUUUGAUGAUGUGGAGAGGCUUUGUUUACCGGCGGCUGACUUGAAACAAUGGGAAUGUCUAUGCGAGCUGUUGACUCGAAAAUGGUUCACGAGAGUCUGGAUUAUCCAGGAGGCCGUACUCUCCGGAACCGACAGUACAUGGUUUGCCUGUGGUGAGACCUUUAUACCGUGGCAAACGCUCCUAGACGCUAUCUACAAUGCCUGCGGACGUUUUGGUCUCAUUGAACGUCGUGGGGAGCCCAUGGCUGAGAUCCAUGGCGGCUUACUUGCAGCCCCAGGCGUCUUCUUUGACACUACAGUCGAGGUUACGGAUUUUUUUACCAAUCCGGAUCUAAUUCUUCAAAGCCCGAAAACAGAGAAUAUAGCGCUACGUACUGCUGUAGACUUUUGUUCUCAGAUCAAUCAUCGAACUAACAAGACUGUCGACUUCGACGAUCUCUGGAACACACUCGUUGGUGAUGAGACGACAGGAAAGUCGCCCUCACUUCCGGGGCAAACAUACUCGACGCGUCAGAGACUACUUGUGCCCAUUACAUAUACCUUGAGAAAGGUGGGGAGUGAGAGUAGUGAGAGUAGUGAGAGUAGUGAGGAUAGAGGUUCUCUUGUCGUCCCUUUAUCUUGUUAA